AUGUGUUCUACAGCCGGCGAGAUUUACAAUACCGAAGUACACGAUGAUACCCUUUCAGUGACGGCCAUUUCAUUUCAACACACCACGGUAAAGACACACGCUAUCAGGAUCGAAGGUGAGGAAAAAAGCUUUGAUGCCGGGCAAAGGCUGCUGGAUAAUUUUGACAAGGCGGAACUCAACUACCUGCUUAUACUAUCGGAUGGCAGCAAAGUGAAUGGUAGCGAGCUGGUACGCGCCUUCAACCAACCGGCCUACAAGGAUAUACUGAUCACAGGUGGGCUUGCCGGCGAUGGCAGCAACUUCCAGUCGACACUCACCGGCCUCAAUGAGCUACCCAGCGACGGGAUGAUCGUCGGGAUCGGCUUUUACGGUAAUAAACUGCAGGUACACCAUGGCUCGAGGGGUGGCUGGGACAUGUUCGGGCUUGAAAAAACAGUGACACGGUCGCACCACAACGUCCUCUAUGAAAUGGAUGGUAAGAAUGCGGUUGAGAUCUACAAAAAAUACCUUGGGCCGGAAGCCGAACAGCUACCGGGAGCCGCCCUCCUAUUUCCGCUGGCCGUCACUUUACCGGAAAGCGGUGAGGAGGUGGUACGUACCAUUUUAUCUAUCAAUACAGAAGAGGGCAGCAUGACUUUUGCCGGCGAUAUCCCCGAAGGCGCCAAAGUAAGAUUCAUGAAAGCGAACUUUGAUAAAAUAACAGGCGCUGCAUCCGGUGCCGCACAGCAGUCUUUACUACCUGGUGGUAAGAUGCCGCAAUUAGCUAUUCUCAUCAGCUGUGUGGGCCGUAAGCUGAUCCUUCAAACCCGAACAGAUGAAGAGCUGGAUGCAGUGGAUGAGAUUUUCCAGCACAAUACUCUGCUCACCGGCGCUUAUGAGCGUGAUAUUGUAUUGGCAGACCAUGCCUUCCACAUUGCAGAAGAUGAAUACCGUGAAGUGAACCGGCAGCUUAAAGAGGAACUUUCUACCAAAGAAGCAUCCAUUAAUAAACUGAAGGAGGUUGUAACUAAUAUCGGCGAUAGCAGCCUCGGUGAUAUAAGCCUGGAUAACGAUCUGCUGAGCAUUGCCUCUUAUCUGAAGGAACAAAUAGCAAAACGGGCGGAAACCGAACAACGCUUACAGGAUCAGAAGACCUUUUAUGAACGAAUCCUCAACCUGAUACCCGCCGACAUUGCCAUUGUAGAUAAGGAUCACCGUUACUUAUUUGUCAACCCGACAGCCAUUAAAAAUCCGGAGAUAAGAUCUUGGAUCAUUGGGAAAACCGAUGAAGAAUACCAUCAUUACAGGAACAAGCCAAUAGCGGAUACAAGCAAACGGAAAGCGCAUUUUUAUGAAGUGGUUAAAGCCGGCGUACAGAAAGAGUGGGAAGAAAAAGUGGUAACACUAUCUGGUCAGACCGAGUAUCAUCUGCGGGUGCUCCACCCUGUUUUAAAAAACGACGGUACCCUGGAUAUUAUGAUCAUCUAUGGUUUCAACAUCACUGAGCGGAAAAAAAUUGAAGAACAGAUCAAAUUAAGCGAAGCCAGGUAUCGCAGCAUCUUUGAUAACAGCCAGGCACUGAUCUGCACACAUGAUAUGAACGGUGUUGUGCUGGAAGUAAACCAGGCUUCAGUCAAGGCAUUCGGCUACGACAGGGAGGAACUGACAGGCAGACCCGUAUACCAGCUCCUGCCCCAGGAUAAACAGGAGCACUUCAGAACAUCUUAUCUUAAAACAAUCCGCAAAGAAGGAAAAGCGGAAGGGGUUAUGAUAGCCCUGAACAAGGAAGGUAAAAGGAUCUAUCUUCUAUACCAGAAUUUUAUGGUGGCCGAACAGGGCGAAGAGCCUUAUGUGAUCGGCUUUUCACAGGAUGUUACCGGGCGGAUAGAAGCGGAGAAAGCGUUGAAGAAAAGCGAGGAAAAGUACCGGAACAUUAUUGCCAAUAUGAACCUUGGACUGGUGGAAGUAGACCCGGAUGAAAAAAUAAUUUACGCCAAUAACAGCUUCUGCGAAAUGAGUGGCUAUGAUCAGGAUGAGCUGAUAGGCAGGAAUGCAGCCACACUUUUACUGAAAGGCGAUAACCAGAGUUUUGGGGCAGAUGUGAGCAGGAGAAGGCGUGAAGGAGAAUCUGAUGCCUAUGAAAUAAAAGUAAAAAACAAACGCGGUGAGCUUAAAUGGUGGCUGAUCAGCGGCGCCCCUGUAUUGGGCAAUGACGGCUCCUUCCAGGGAUCAACAGGCAUCCAUCUGGACAUCACUUUGCAAAAAGAACUGGAGAAAGAUCUAAGGGAAGCUAAAGAUGAAGCAGAACGCUCCGCACAAGCCAAAGAGCUUUUUCUGGCAAAUAUGAGCCAUGAGAUACGCACCCCUAUGAAUGCGAUAUUAGGCCUUGGCAACCUCCUGAUGAAAACAAAGCUGAAUGAUGAUCAGAAGUAUUAUCUCCGUACGAUUCACGGUGCAGCCAAUAACCUGCUGGUGAUCAUUAAUGACCUGCUCGACUUCUCCAAGAUUGAGGCGGGCAUGCAUGAUGCCGAUACGAUAUACAUCUGUUUUUGA